AUGGUAUUAGUAAGCAAAGUGAGCCACUGUUUGUUCAUCUGUCCCUCGCGACGUAAUUUGUUUUCUCAGGGUGACUUUAUCUGGAUUGAACCCGGAAAAGCAGAAGGCUCCAUCCCAAUUGGAGCCCGUGUUAUCGAUCAGGACCAUGGUCGUCUCAAAGUUAUCGACGAUCUUGGAAACGUAUGUUCGGAACAUUUUCCUUUUCCUGAUAUCGCGGUCUUGACCUCAAUUCUUUCUAACUUUCGCUUGACUGCGGCAACCGUCUCGUUAACAUGUUAUCACGCGUCUGAUAAGUUCCGAUAUCCUGUUGCAACUUUUGCGCGAAGAGUGCAUUCACAAUCUUCAGGAACAAUGGCUUUCGGCGGACCGGAGAGUGAGAUUGAUGCAUCCGACAUCGGUCCAGGGAGUGGAGGAUAUGUGUCAGCUGGGGGACUUUCAUGAAAGCGCGAUUCUGAGAAACUUGUUCAUUAGAUACAGGGAAAAGUUGAUUUAUGUGAGUAAACGGUGGAAAGGUGCCAAAAGUACACGAACUGGUGGGUUCAGGCUUACACCGGUUCCAUACUGAUCGCUGUGAAUCCGUACAUGGACAUUGCCAUCUAUACUGCCGAUGAAAUUCGAAUGUACAAACGGAAGAGGAUUGGAGAGUUGCCACCGCACAUUUUCGCGAUUGCUGACAAUGCAUACACCAACAUGAGGAGAGAGCGUCGGAAUCAGUCUGUUAUCAUCAGGUACCAAUCUUUCAAAUAUUUCUCAUAACCAAUGUUUUCAGUGGUGAAUCCGGUGCCGGAAAGACAGAAUCCACAAAGCUUGUUCUCCAGUUUUUGGCAACAAUCAGUGGUCAACACAGCUGGAUAGAACAACAAGUUCUCGAGGCAAAUCCUGUUCUUGAGGCAUUCGGAAAUGCGAAAACAAUCCGCAAUGAUAACUCAUCCCGAUUCGGAAAGUACAUUGAUGUACACUUCAACGAGAGCGGUUCUAUUGAAGGUUUCAUCCAUAUUUACACAAAAAAAUUAUGUACAUUUUGUUUCAGGCGCGAAAAUUGAACAGUAUUUGUUAGAGAAGUCGAGAAUUGUGACCCAGUCUGAAAAUGAGAGAAACUAUCACAUUUUCUAUUGCCUUUUGGCUGGUCUCUCAAAAGAGGAAAAGUUCGAACUGGAAUUGGGUACACCUGCCGAUUACUACUAUCUCAUUCAGGUACGGAAAACAAAUAGAGCAUGAAGAUGAUUUGAGUGUUUCAGGGCAAGACUUUGACUGCAGAGGGUCGUGAUGAUGCAGCUGACCUGGCUGAAAUAAGAUCUGCAAUGCGAGUUCUGAUGAUCAAUGAGCAGGAAAUUGGAAGUAUUUUCAAGCUCUUGGCAGCGCUUUUACACAUCGGAAACAUCCGAUUCCGUCAGAACACAACUGACAACAUGGAAUCUGUGGAUGUUUCCGAUCCAGCAAUACUUGUCCGCAUCUCCAAACUCCUUCAAUUGCGCGAACAAGAUCUCCUCGACGCAAUCACAACUAAAAGCCUAGUUACACGUGAGGAACGCGUCAUUUCUAGAUUGAACGGGCAGCAGGCGAUCGACGCGAGAGAUGCCCUUGCGAAGGCAAUUUAUGGAAGGCUGUUCAUUCACAUUGUCAGAAGGGUCAACGAUGCCAUUUACAAGUGAGAGAUGAAAUCUACCUGAGCAGAAAACCGUGGAAUGACUUUAUUUAUUUAGGCCUUCUCAAGCGAAAAGAACGUCCAUCGGAAUUCUUGAUAUAUUCGGGUUCGAGAACUUUGAGAGCAACAGUUUUGAGCAGCUUUGCAUCAAUUUCGCGAACGAAACACUGCAGCAGUUUUUCGUGCAACACGUGUUCAAAAUGGAGCAGAAGGAGUAUGAUGAGGUACCAGACUGAAGUUAAAAACCAAAAACAAAUUAUGUUUAGGAAAAUAUCAAUUGGAAACACAUCAAGUUUGUUGACAAUCAAGCUACAGUUGACUUGAUUGCUCAACGCCCACUUAAUAUUUUAUCUCUGAUUGACGAGGAGAGUAUUUUCCCAAAAGGAACAGACAAAACUAUGCUUCUGAAACUUCAUUCGACACACGGAAGAAAUGAACUGUACUUGCAGCCAAAGUCGGAAUUGCAAAGGGCAUUCGGAGUGACCCACUUUGCUGGGAAUGUGUUCUAUAAGACUCGAGGAUUCCUUGAAAAGAACAGAGAUUCAUUUUCGGGUGAUUUGUCAGCACUAGUCUCUUCCUCAAAAAUGCCCUUCCUCGCGAGACUCUUCGAUGAUCUUGAAUACGACACAAGUUCCCGGAAGAAAGUGACUGUCGGAAAUCAGUUCAGAAAGUCCUUAGAAUUGCUGAUGGCUCAACUCACACAAACGCAUCCUUUCUUCAUCAGAUGCAUCAAACCGAAUGAGCUCAAACGUGCCCUCGUCAUGGAUAGGGAUCUUGUGCUGCGCCAGUUGAGAUAUUCUGGGAUGAUGGAAACUAUCAAGAUUCGUAGAGGCGGUUAUCCAAUUCGUCACGACUACUAUCCAUUUGUCUUCCGCUACCGCGUUCUAGUGCCGACCAUCCGUGGUCCAGUCAACAGGAUUGAUCUUCAUGACACCGCGAAGAAGAUUUGUCAUCGAGUUCUCGGAACAAAUGCUGAUUAUCAACUCGGAAAAACUAAAGUUUUUCUAAAAGACAAACAUGAUCUGGUGCUCGAGCAAGAAUACUAUCGCACUCUUAAAGAGAAGGCGGUCGUCAUCCAAAAGAAUGUGAGAAGAUGGCUUGUACGGAAGGACUUUGAGCGGCAAAGACAGGCAGCAGUCACUAUUCAAACUGCUUGGAGAGGAUUCGAUCAGAGAAAACGAUAUCGACAGAUCAUUUCUGGAUUCGCACGUCUUCAGGCUCUAUUGCGGUCAAGACAGUUGGUUUCACACUAUCAAGGGCUACGGAAGACCAUUAUACAGUUCCAAGUGAGGAGAAUUCGAUUUAUCGAUUUUUGUUCAACCUUAUUAUUUUGAGGCCGUUUGCCGUGGUACUCUUCUCCGAAGACAAGUUGGUGAGAUGCGUAGGCGUGGAGAAAAGGCCCCGCUAACUGAAGUUUCCUCAACUGCUUCCAUCAUCUCCGACACCCACGAGGAGGAACUUGUGAGUUUGAAAUGCAAAAAUAGUUUUCAAUAGUUUUCACUUGAUAAAUGAAAAUUUAGUGCGAGUUAUUGGACGGACGGAACUCAAAGGUAACGUUGAGAAUGUUGUGUUAGUGGUGUGAAGUCUUUGAAAUUCUACUCUUUCUCUCUUUUUCAUGGGCUAUUGGGCUACUCAUUCUUUAUUCAAAUUUCCGUCUUCAGGUCGGUCAUUUGUUCGAUUUCUUGCCAUCCGACGGAAAAGACUCUGGAAAUGAGAACGACAGUGCGGACAGCAGCCGACGUGGAUCCUACUCCAGACUUCAUGUGAGUUCAUUUUCCCAAUCGAAGCUACCAUAUCCAUUGUUUCAGCCAUCUCCUAUCAUGCCACCAUCAAGCAUUCCUAAAGUUGACUCAUUUGUCGAUGAGGAUCUGAGCAAGUACCAGUUCGGCAAGUAUGCUGCCACGUUCUUCCAAGGACAAGCUACUGCCGUUCACAUCAAGAAAGCUCUAAAAACAGCUCUUCUCACCCAUACCGAGCCAAGUACACAACUUGCCGCUCUGGCAGCCUGGACCACGAUUCUCCGAUUCAUGGGUGAUCUUCCGGAUGUCAAGGCUGGCUCCACAAACGGAGUUGAAGUCUAUGUGAGCUUUCUUUUACCCUUUCAUUUUAUUCAAUCCAAAAACAUUCAGGACAAAACGCCAGUGAUGACCAGAUUAUAUGCAACCCUGGGACGAAAGUUUAGUGCUCGAGAUGUGGAAGAGGCGAUGCUCUCUAGUGAAUAUGGAGGCACGAAGACUCUGAAAAAGGGUAUGGGGAAGAAAUUGAUCAGUAUGACCUUGAAGAGAAAAGGAAAAAUCAACGGUAAGUUCCAUGAAAUUCAAAACAGUGUAUUUUGCCGUGUUCAGGAUCUGAUACAUCUUCAAUUUCCUCGGAGAGCACAUACUCCGGGUUCAAUGCAAUGCUCGAUAACAAACCAAUGACAAGCUUGGACAAACUGCAUUACAUCAUUGGCCUCGGUAUUCUCCGAGAGGACUUGAGGGAUGAGAUCUACUGUCAACUGUGCAAGCAACUCAGCAACAAUCCUUCCAAAUUGUCCGCAGCCAGAGGAUGGAUCUUACUGUCGCUGUGCGUGGGAUGCUUUGCGCCCACCGAGAGAUUCAUCAAGUAUCUUUUCUGUUUCAUUCGAGAAAGAGGACCGGCAGGAACAGGAUACUCCACGUACAUUGAGGACAGACUGAGAAGGACGCAAGCGAACGGGACCAGACACCAACCACCGAGUUAUGUGGAGUUGCAGGCCAACAAGUCACAGAAGCCUGUUGUGCUUGCUGUCACUUUCAUGGAUGGAAGUGUCAAAACUCUUUGUGCCGAUUCAGCCACCACUGCUUCCGAAUUGUGCAAACAGUUGUCUGAAAAAGUUGGUCUCACCAACUCAUUUGGCUUCAGUCUUUAUAUUGCUCUGUUUGAUAAGGUUCGUCUUGUAUUGUGUCUUAUGCUUCAGGAAUCUGAAUUUAGGUUUCUUCACUUGGAAGUGGAACUGACCACGUUAUGGACGCAAUUUCUCAAUGUGAACAGUACGCCAAAGAGCAAGGGCGACCAGAAAGAAACGCUCCGUGGAGACUGUUCUUCAGGAAAGAAAUCUUCAGUCCAUGGCACGAUCCAAAGUGGGUCACAAACUCAAACUGCCGAAAAAUCUAUAAUAUUUUCAGAGACGAUCCAGUGAGCACUAACUUGAUCUAUCAGCAAGUCGUCCGUGGUAUCAAAUACGGAGAGUACCGAUGUGAUAAGGACGAAGAACUGGCCGCCAUCUGCGCACAACAGUAUUACAUUGAUGAAGGGGCUAUGGAUGUGAACAAGCUGGAAAACAACUUGUCUGCCUAUUUACCAGAUUUCGAGCUGUCUGGGAAGGAUAUGGCUCUUGAGAAAUGGACGCAAACAAUAAUGCAUCAGUACAGAAAGGUACGUGAAUAUGAAUGAUAAGUGAAUCAACUAUUUUUCAGAAGUUCACUGGUCGUCUUCCCUCACAAAUUGAAGUUAAAGAGGAUGUUGUAUCCACCGCCAAGUCAAAAUGGCCGCUCCUGUUCUCCAGAUUCUACGAAGCCCUCAAGUUCGCAGGACCACCAUUGCCAAAGAAUGAAGUGAUCAUUGCGGUGAACUGGACGGGCGUCUACGUGGUUGAUGACAGGGAGCAUGUAAUGUUGGAGUUCAGCUUCCCUGAAAUCGCAAAUUCGUACUAUGGAAAGUAAGAAUGGAAAUGUUCCUUUUUUUAAUCCUUAAUUAUAUUGUUAUUCAGAGGAAAGCGCAGCACAACCGACACGUGCACAAUCCGAACAGUGGUCGGUGACGAGUACACAUUCCAGUCGCCAAAUGCAGAUGACAUUACCAACUUGAUCAUUUUGUUCCUUGAAGGACUCAAGAAAAGAAGCAGAUACCUUGUUGCCAUCAAAGCACAGAAAGGCGAUGGUAACCCCCCUGCUUUCUUUCUUUCGCAUUUCCAAUUUUAAAUGUUCAGAAAAGAACAAUUUCCUCGAGUUCGAAAAAGGAGAUCUUCUAAUUCUGGUCAACGAUUUCACUGGAAACACCCUUCUCACCGAAAGCGUUGUGAAAGGAGAGAACGCGAGAACGUGUCUGUUUGGAUUGAUUCGUGUUGAGAACGUCUACGUCCUGCCGACUCUUGUGAAACCCAGCAAAAACACAUUGGUAAUGAAAAAAAUAGUCAAACAUCAAACACUAGCCGUGUUUUUCAGCAAAUAUUCCCGAAAGAUAUGGAUUUGACCCUUGAUCUAUUCAACAAUAACAAGCAAGUGACAGUGAUCGACUACAAUGCCGAGCCGUACACUCUCGAGAGUUUUGCCGAGGAAAACUUCAAGUAGGAAUGACUGGUGGAGCAUAAAACACUUAUUGUUUUUCAGUACGCAAGUUAAGCGAGUUGGAUCUCAAAUUUCUCUAAUGACCUUGAGAAAGAAGGAAUCUCAAAUUGAAAGUUGGAGAUUCUCUAGAGAUCAUAUUGAUCAACCACUUUUGAAGAAACUUAACGGAAGGUUUAACAUUUCUGGGAGAAGGUAGAGAAAAAAUAGUUUUACUACAGAGACGAUGCAUCCCGCGGCGCCGUUGAAAUCUUUGCUGCCAUAAUGAAGUACAUGGGAGACGAACCAUCAAAGAGGAGCCGUUUGGGAACCCACCUGACUGACCACAUCUUCAAACUUCCGAUUGCUAUGGAAGUGUUGCGGGAUGAACUGUACUGCCAGCUGGUGAAACAAUUGACACUCAACCCGUCCAUCAUCUCUGAAGAACGUGGUUGGGAACUUCUUUGGAUGACCACCGGACUGUUUGCUCCCAGUGCUACCCUUGCCAAAGAAAUUAGUCAUUUUCUUAAAUCUCGACCCCAUCCAAUAGCAUUGGAUUGUCAGAAUCGUAUGCAGAAGUUGGCAAAGUAAGUAACCAUGCAAUAGUUAAAUGUACAAAUGUGUUGUUUCAGAGGUGGGAGCAGAAAGUAUCCUCCACAUCUUGUUGAAGUCGAAGCGAUUCAGCAUAAGACAACACAGAUUUUCCACAAAGUGAGUCCUAAGCGGAGAAAUGUCCCUACAAGCAAGUUGUUUUGAGGUGUUCUUCCCUGAUCACACGGAUGAGGCGAUAGAAGUGGACUCUGCUACUCGAGCCCGCGACUUUUGUCACAAGAUCGGCUAUCGACUUGGCUUGAAAUCAUCGGAAGGGUUCAGCUUGUUUGUCAAAAUCAAGGACAAACUGCUUGCUGUGCCAGAGACAGAGUUUUUCUUUGAUUUUGUCCGCCAGCUAUCGGAUUGGGUACACACGAAUCAUGCAAUGCAGAAGGACUCGACCAUGAUACCUAUCAAUUAUCAGGUGUACUUUAUGAGAAAACUUUGGUACAAUGUAGUGCCUGGAAAUGAUCCUCAGGCCGACCUAAUCUUCCAUUACUAUCAGGUAAAUUCCUCACAAUCUCGUUUUCUUCAAUGCGUUCGUUCCAGGAGUGUCCAAAGUAUCUACUCGGAUACCACAAGACAACGAAGGCCGACGUCAUUGAACUGGCUGCUCUCAUCCUACGUGCCAGCACAAAGGACAAUAAAAACGCGCCGUUGACGCAGAUUCCACAGCUGAUUGAGGAGCUUGUGCCCAAGGACUCACUGAAAAUGUACUCGGCGAGUGAGUGGCGAAAGACCAUCAGCAACGCGUAUCCGAGGGUGGAACAUCUGAAGUCUGACCAGGCAAAGAUUGAGUUCUUGAACUAUAUCUGUCGGUGGCCGACGUUCGGAUCCGCUUUCUUCCCAGUUUCACAGUACUCUGACCUGAGCCUUCCCGAUCGACUUCUGAUCGCGAUCAAUCAGUCCGGAGUGAACAUUUAUCAUACUGAAAGCAAGACUUUGCUGGUUCAGGUACAGAGAAACAUGAUAUUUUUCAAAAAAACAAGUGUGUUUUUUCAGUAUCCAUUCAAUGUUAUCUGCAACUGGACGAGUGGAAAUACCUACUUCAACGUGACUGUCGGUAACAUGUUGAAGGGAAAUGAAGGAAAGAAACUUCUUUUGGAUACUACUAUGGUAUAUCAGGCAGAAACAGUUCCCGCAUACCUUCUGUUUUCAGGGUUACAAAAUGGACGACUUGCUCACUUCAUAUAUUUCACUGCUGAUAUCCAACCAAAAUAACCAUCCUGCAAAACAUAGGGAAGUGGCACUGUAA